GCUAGUGCUGGUUGGCUCAGGAGCGGUGGUCUUCAGUCGAGACUCCUUUCAGUCUGGCCUCUGGCGAGAGCGAACGAUUCGCAGCAGAAAAGCCGGCAGCCAUGGAAGGUGUAGCUGCCCAGAUCGCCGUGCCGAUUCUCGGCAUCGUCGCCGCGGCCGCUGUGACCUUCUACACGGUCAGCUUCAUGGAGCUCCGAGAUAAAUCUUUCGAGGAACUCGACGACAAGUAUUCGGAGUUUGACGAGGAAUCCGGCGGACGGCAGCGGCGGGCGCGCCGGAGGGCAGAGCGCGAGAGGAAGAAGCGAAAUAACUGACCUCAACCAGUCAACCCCAUGGUCUGCCUGUGAGAAAAGAAGAUGUCGUUGCUACUUGAUCAGAGCUACUGGAACAAUCGAAACGAUCUGUCUGUGCUUGUUCCCUGUUGUGUCGGCGACGUGCUUAAAUUACUCUACCCUCCACUGUUCUUCAGUUCGAGCAUGACUUCUAAAAGAAAUUGUCCUUGCAUUUGCAAACAAUUUUAUGGUACGUUUCCACCUUUCUUUA